AUGUCAGCACGGAUUAUUCGGGGUCGUAGAACGGUGUGCCGUAGACUUUUUCCAACAAACCCACAGUCACAAUUUCAGGGCAAUCCUCAUUCAACCUUGAAUGAGUUACGCUACAGCGGAUCUACACGUAAUAAAGAGCAGUCAGCUCUGCUUCUAGCCAGCCUGAUUGCGGCUUCACCACGUUUCUUUAUGCCAUAUGCCAAACCGUUGCUUCACUUACUGCUUGCUCGCCUUCGCUCUGCUUUGCCGCCGGGGCUUAGGGCCAGUUUGAUCAUGGCUAGUCUGAUAAGACUCCGUUCGGAAGGAAGUCGAAACAUGUCCCAAUCAUCUGCCGAUCAAGCCAUUCAAUUUAGGGCAAAUGCCUUGAAUGCCGCCCUUCUCGCCGCCCAAGCGACUUCUAACUGUGCACAGGCUGCGGCUCAAACUAUCGCUACUGCCGCUACCCAUCUAGCCAGUGGAGCUGAUGGCAUCCCCUUCCUUAGCUCUUGGGGUCUGCCAAUCGUUCCGACUGGCAUUGGACCUCGGCUGGGCCUAGGUCAAGCUGCUGGAGCAACUUCCGGAGUCUCAGGAGGACCUGGAAUCGGUACUGAAUUGGGCCUCUCACGAUUAGGUGCUGCAAGCCAAGGCUAUGCGGCUGUACCACGAAUACUAACUAUUCCGAGUUCAACCGGAACCCCACCUCAGCACGGUUAG